AUGUCACAAUCGACCACGUACGCCGAGCGCAUGUUUAAGAACUGGCUCAACGAGCACAAGCCGCAAGCCCCAGCGCUGAAAAAUGCACCCGCCUUCGACCGAAACCUCGAGCAAGCCUUGGACAGAUCCCGGAUAGAAUUCGGCCUCAUGACCGCCAAACCCCGAUGGGACAAUUCUGUCAUCGACUUGACAUCCAGCGAUUUCCUUAGUCUUAGCCGGUCUGGUCGGAUUCGCGAAGGCGUCAAUAAGGAACUGGAGCGCCAAGGAGAAUACCUGCUCAGCGCCUCGGGGUCGCGGGCUCAGUAUGGAAACUACGAUUAUCUUCUUGAAGUGGAGCGGGAGGUGGCGAAAUUUCAUAACGCUGAGACAGCCUGGAUUGCGCACUCGGGAUUCUUCGCUUGCGCUGGGGUCAUUGAGGCUGUAAUGCUCCCGGGGGACGCCAUAGUGUACGACGAGUAUAUGCAUGCGAGCACACAUGUUGGCAUGAAGAUUAGCACAGCAGCACAUAAGAUCCCAUUCCGCCACAACGACCCCAGCUCUCUGCAGGAUGUUCUUACUUCCCUGAAAGACAGGCAUCCCGCAUUCCGCUCUGGAAGUCAAUCGAUUUUGAUAUGUGUCGAGUCGAUAUAUAGUAUGGACGGAGACAUUUGCCCGCUUCAGGAAUAUGUCAAUGUUGCCAAAGAACUGUUCCCGCUCGGUAACGCCCAGUUCUUCAUGGACGAGGCCCACAGCAGCGGGGUUUUGGGUCCAAAUGGAUCUGGCUUAGUUCAAAUGUUAGGACUCGAAAAAGAGAUUGCUAUUCGCGUCCACGUUUGUAGCAAGGCGUUGGGAUCUACCGGAGGUCGGUCAUGCUGUAUCGUGAUUAACUGUUUGAAUAGUUGUGUAACGCGAGCAAUAGGUAUUAUCCUCUGUAAUGAGACGAUUCGACAUGCUAUCAUGCACCAGUCACGCUGUCUCACCUAUUCUGGCGCUCCUUCGACAUUAAUGGUUGCAUCUAUGCGUGUUGGUUACAACUUAUUAGCCAGCGGUGAGACCAGAGAGGCCCAGGAACGUAUCCAGACCAAUGUGACGUACUUCUUCCGCCAACUGACAAACGACCCUGUGUGGGAAGACGCCCUCGAUGCGGGUUUGCUUUCGUGCCCACUCACUGAGGAUUGGGAGCAACGACCUUAUCACAGCCACAUCGUGCCGAUUCGGACGCGUCCACGCCACGAGCAGUAUCUGUUCUUUCACCUAUCCUUGUCAGGUAUGAAUGCAUAUAACAUCUCCUACCCGGUCGUGCCGAAGGGUUCAAGUCGCAUCCGGCUAGUCUUCCAUGCACACAAUACUGAGCAAGAACUUGAUAAAGCAGUUGCGGCUAUUUGCAGCUGGGCGGCGGAGAUGCUGGAUAUUGAGGAGGGUACUUCGGGCUCUCGUGUUACCCUUCCGAAAGCGGCGCAGCAGGUAUAUGCGAUGCAAGCAGCAUUAGCUUAG